AUGCUGCGCUCCGGGUUCACGGCUGCUUUUACAGCAGCGACGUCUUCGCUCCCUCAAACAACUCGUACCGCACUCCAUGCAUCGCGAGCCGAGAGGCUGGCUUCGAGCGCUGCAUUCUCGCAUCCUUGCCUGUCAUUCCAAUCGAGGCACUUCUCCAGAACCACCAGGCUCUUGGCUCCACCCCAAGACUUUCGUCCAUCGACAUCCCGAGACACUGCCUCCUCAUCAUCUGACGAGUCUGCUCCUCCCAAGUCCACCGAUACCAGACCCUUCAAGAAGCAGUACCCUCCCGUUCGUCCCCAGCCCAAGCCUAUCAACUUCGACCAGCCUGCCAUCCCCAACCCACACGAAACUGCUGCUGCGCACGCCAAGUUCCGUCGCAACAGCCGCCGCUUCGGGGCUGCAGCACUCGUAGCUCUCAUCCUAGGUGCUGUCGUGUAUCAAUUUCAAGAUGCCAUUCAUCUAGAUGGUCCUCAACAACAAAGCAAGCGCCCACAGCUUCCGCAUGAUGAGAUGGAGCGCCAAGUACGCGAAGCUCAAAAGUCGCAAGCCAACGGUGCCAACUUUGCUUUGCUCGCACUCACUCGGUCCACCACCAUCGCCAAAGCCGUCGCCCUCUGCGUCUGGGACUAUCGUUCAACUUUGGCUAAAAAGCACGCCACGCCCGCUGACGAUGCCGAGGAGCUACGACAGUGCCACUUGCGAUCCGCUCACCGAAUCUUGACCGCUCUCCAGACAAACGGUGGUCUCUACGUCAAGCUUGGCCAGCACAUUUCCGCCGUCAUUCUUCUGCCUGUCGAGUGGACCACCACACUUCGUCCGCUCCAGGAUCAGAAUACGCCCACGCCGCUUCCAGAGCUCGAGGCCAUGUUCAGAACAGAGACUGGUAUGACCUUUGACGAGGCCUUCAGCGAGAUCGACCCCAAGCCCAUUGGCGUAGCAUCGCUUGCCCAGGUUCAUCGUGCCAUCGAUCGCAAAACUGGUCAGCCGCUCGCUAUCAAGAUGAUGCACCCUGACGUAGAGCGCUUCUCCGAGGUCGACAUGAAGACCGUCACGGUGCUCGUCAAGUGGGUAAAGCGUCUUUUGCCCGAAUUCAGCUUCGAAUGGCUUGCCGAUGAGAUGAACGAAAACAUGCCUCUCGAGAUGGACUUCCGUCACGAAGCUCAAAACGCAAAGCGCGCUGAUGACGACUUUGCACGCUACCGCACCACAUCCGUCUACAUCCCCAAAGUCAAGUACGUCUUCAAGCGCGUCAUGGCCAUGGAGUUUAUCGACGGACGCCGUCCCGACGACCUGCGCUACCUGGCUCAGCACGACAUCGACCGCAACCGCGUCAGUCAGGAGCUCUCGCGCGUCUUCUCCCAGAUGCUCUACCUGCACGGCUUCUUCCACGCUGAUCCACACGGUGGAAACGUCCUCAUCAGACCCGCGCAGCCGGGAAGCCGCUCACGCUAUAACUUCGAGGUCGUCCUCCUCGAUCACGGCCUCUACUUUGACAUCGACCCCGAGUUGCGCGCCAAUUACGCCAGAUUCUGGCUCUCGCUCCUCAAGCGUGCCAGCCCCGAAGUCACUGCCGAGCGACGCAGAUACGCCAAGCUCAUCGCCAACAUCGACGAUGAUCUCUAUCCAAUCUUGGAGAGCGCCAUCACUGGCCGAGCUGGUCUGGAAGGCAGCGACCCCACCAACCCUCGCGGUGUCAAGGAUCGCAAUCGAGCCGGCAGUCUGCUCGAAAUGGACGGCGGGACCAACCUCACCGAUGACGAGCAAGAGCACAUUCGUAAGACCGUCAUGGAGAAGGAAGGUCUCUUUGUCUCAAUCAUGGACCUCCUUCGUCGUCUGCCCAGACGCAUGCUCAUGGUGUUGAAGCUCAACGACCUCACACGCUCGCUCGAUGCCAGCCUGCACACCACGCACGGUCCGACGCGGCCUUUCCUCAUCGCUGCGCGCCUGUGUGCGCUCGCCGUAUACCGAGACGAUCUGACACAGCUCAGAGAGCGACGCAAGAGCGGCCAAGCCAGUCUGCUCACCUCGCUCUCGCUCUGGAAGGAUUAUGUGCGCGCGUGGUGGUCUUACGUCUACUUCUACCGUGGUCUCGCAUUGAUCGAGAUUGGAUCCGACAUCCGCGCAAGGUGGAAAAAGAUUGUUCAAUUCGGUUCCAACAGGGUGGGACGCGGAGGCAGUGCAGAAAAGGCCAAGAGCGCUGCGGCUGGACUGCAAGACCAAGCCGAGAGAGAUCUAAGGGACGAUGAAGAUCGCAAGCGUGCUCGGCUCGCAUUGGAGAAAGAGCCACGGCACUGA